AGUUUGGGGUGACAUCAACUGACUUCCGCUUGUCAUUCAGCUGCUCGACGUUGUGCAUUUACUCAGCUAUUGAAUCUCAACUCAGUGUUUCAACCAUCUGAUCAUUUGCGAAUAUAAUAAGGAAGCUGAUUUUCACCGACAGACGCGAUGACGCUUUUUCACUUUGGAAACUGCUUUGCCCUGGCUUAUUUCCCUUACUUCAUCACAUACAAAUGCAGCGGCCUCUCGGAGUACAAUGCUUUCUGGAGAUGCGUCCAGGCAGGAGCAACGUACCUGUUUGUCCAACUUUGCAAAAUGCUUUUUCUUGCUACAUUUUUCCCAACCUGGGAAGGAGGAGCCGGCGCUUAUGACUUUGUAGGGGAGUUCAUGAAGUCCACAGUGGACCUGGCUGACCUGCUGGGUCUCCAUCUGGUGAUGUCUCGUAACGCUGGGAAGGGAGAGUAUAAGAUCAUGGUCGCUGCCAUGGGCUGGGCGACGGCAGAGCUUGUGAUGUCGAGGUUUCUUCCCCUGUGGGUCGGCGCCAGAGGAAUCGAGUUUGAUUGGAAGUACAUCCAGAUGAGCUUUGACUCAAACAUUAGUUUGGUCCAUUACAUCGCCAUGGCAGCUGUUGUGUGGAUGUUCACUCGAUACGACCUCCCUAAGACCUUCAGGCUGCCUGUUACUGUGCUGCUGGCUCUGUGUGUGUACAAAGCCUUUUUAAUAGAGUUGUUUGUCCAUGUCUUCAUGCUGGGCAGCUGGACGGUGUUGCUGGUGAAAGCCGUCCUGACUGGCGCCGUCUCUCUCUGCUCACUUUUCCUGUUUGUCACUCUGGUUCACAGCAACUGAAGAAGAAGCAGCAGGCCGUAAAAAACAAACCCUCGACAGUCUUGGCUCAAACUGGAGGAAAGGUUUUCAAGUCAGUCUGAGCUGUGAAGCUUUAAAGGAGGGCUUAAAAACGAUUGGUGUUGACUGACAUGAUCCACCAACUGGUUCAGCUUCCAGUUUGAUUCAUCGGUUAUGAGUCCAUGAGGAAAAAGAGCGUUCUCUGGGUAACAUUUCUACCCAAGUUUUCAGUUAAUUAUUUGAAGCAAAGGACGAACAUUAACAUCAGGAUACUUCUUCAGUGACUGUCUUUUUUUUUUUUUUUAAUGAUGUGAAUUUUGUAUUGCUGUAACUACAAAUGAAUUAACACUUAAUAAUAAAAAAAAUAUUUUAA